CCUCCCCUCGGAACCAAACACAGCGUAAGAAAAAUAAAAAGAAAAGAAAGAAAACUGAAAUAUGCAUCCGGAUGAUCCAAUCGCCCUAACAAGAGAAGUAACACCUAUUGGCGGGAACUAUCUCUCUCUCCCCCAAUGUCGAGAAUUCCAGAGCUUACCUCUCUCUUCGCAACGUUCGCGUCCAAUCUCCAAGCCAGACAUCCAACCGCCGACAAUGAAGUAGACCUGUCUGUUGCUAAUCUCAACCGUACACUCAACCUGAGUGAGGCUCCUAGAGUUCGCGUUCUGGACACCGCCCUCUCACUCAUGGGUUUUACUGCUCCUCAGGUCUACGACUCUGGAAUCGAAUUUACAUUGAGAACAAUUAUUGCUGUUUUGCGUUCUUCAAUUGAGUGUAAGGUGCUGAAAGUCAAAGAAGAGCAGGUUCUGAGAGUAGGAGGAUUAGUUUCGAAAAGGGACUGUGUCGAUGUUAUGGAAUGGUGUAGCGAUAUUUUGCGGAAAUUGAACGGGCAUAAAGGUAAUCUUUGUGCUUCACUUUCAUAUUACGUUAUCCGAGUGGCAGCUCUGGCCUGCAGCUAUGCAUCAGAUUCUAAUCUCAAAAUGAACAUGAGUGGUUCCAGCACGUGUGCUCUUGCAAACUUAGUUGGCUGUAUGAUUAAUGAGUUUACAUUUGAGAAUGGCAAAGUACCUUUAAGGUUGAUGCUAUGGCAAUUAGAUCCAAUUAUUCUGAAGCAAGACAUAUCAAAUUUUCUGCGAGAAACUAUGGAAAGGCCAUUUCUUUCUUUGGGCACGGAAAUUUUUGGUAGGACAGAGUGGAAAUCAAUAAUGAUUUGCCUUGUAAUUUCACCCUCAAUGUUCAUUGAGACGAGGGCCUUGUUGCAUAAUUGGUUCCUAAUGACCCGAAGUCGUUUGGAUUUUCAUUACAGGGGUUUGGCUUCUAUUAUGGAACUUCAGACUGAGUUUGUCGUGCAAUUGCUUGAUAUAAUCUCCAGACCAAUGUGGUGGGAAAUAUCCAUGGAGAUUGGAUCAAAGCUGCCUUUCUCUCAUGCCUAUUUUCCGCACGAACAUAGCCUAUUAAGAACUUUGGCUGGACCUAUAUCCCAGGAACAUAUUAAGCUACUGCUUGCUAAAAUAUGUGGCUCAGAUUCUCGUUUGGGAGGCAGGAAAACCACAACAAAGAUUGGUAUAGUAGAUCAUAAAUCCAAGUGGGCCAUGGUGAUGAACUUCCCUGGUUGGUUCUUUUUUGCAUCUAUGUUGCUCUUCUCAUAUAUCGGUCACAAAGAUAAAACUUGUCCUGCAAAGUUUAUUGCAUGGAUUCUGGACCCCACAAGAGAAUCUAGUCAACGGCAGGCUGCUGACUGCCUCGUUAAAGUUACAGAUUUAUGGCCUCUCAAGUGCUCCAGCUCAAGUGAAAAAAAGAAUGAGGAAACAAGGAUUCAUAAACCAGGUAGGAGGCUUAAAUUACAAAGUAAGGACGGAUUAACUUCCCAAGACCAGGAUAUUUUGCCAGUUUCUCUCUGGCUCAAAGAAUUUCAAGACACUUAUACCAAGAUUUCAAGAACAAAAGUUGACCUUUUGACUUCAAACAGCAAAGGAUUCAUCGCCCAACAAAAUCUGUUAUUUCGGAGGAUUCCAUUAGGAAUCUUGCUUGCUUGUCCUAAUCAUUUGGGUGAUGCAUGGUGUUCCUUGCUUUUGCAUUAUGCUGCCACUGGUAAUCUACAGAAAUCCAAAAACAUGUCAAAUCCUGGAAUGAGCCAAAAGAGAUGGAAGAAUGAUGUUGAGUGGGACCCAAGGAUCGAACUGUAUACUAAACGAGAUGCUAUUGCGGGGUGUAAAACGGUCUUUGAUAUAACAGAUAUAGCUGAGAUUAUUGCUCAAUCUAUGCUUCAGAGUGAAGAUGAGGGACUAGAUUUUGUGUACCGGUUGAAAUUGAAGAUUGGCUAUUAUCUGUUGAAGUGUGUGGAUAGGUUACUUCAGAUCAAGCUUGACGAAUGUGGGCCCCAGAUGAAAAGGGAUCUUCUUGCUAGAAUAAUCAGGUGGAAACAUCAGGGGAAAAUUGUGUUUGAAAACAACAAGGAUGUGGAUCGUGUAUGUGAUGCUCUUAAUUGUGCAAACAGAUUCCUUCCGAGCUGAGUUUUCUGUACAAGAUUGUCAAAGCUGUUUUCUUGAUGGUCAUUCUUUUGUGGUGCCUUAACUUGUGGACAUCGAGGUUAUAAAAGUGCAUGGUGAUAGACUAGCUAUUUAUAACAACUCUGGGCAACUUGCGCUCUACUUGAAAAUUUGAAAUUUUGUGGGUGGACCUUUGAGAAAGCUCUGGUGAUUUGGAAUACUUGGAAGAGCUUGGAGUAAGAAUAAAUAGAGAAUGAGAAGCAAGCACAGGAGAAAUUCUUUUUGUGGGCUUUUUUUUUAUAUUUUUUUUCUUCUUUUAGUGUUUUUUUUGCAUCUUAACAAAGAUAUCCUCAUUUUUCCUUAAUUCUUUCUGGAAAUUAGAAUGAAUGUAAGGGGUUUUUAAUAGACAUGUUUUGACAGCUAACCAUGAACGAAAGUGAAUUUUCCGGGCAAUCAUCACUAGGAGGUUGUUUAAUCAUCACUAGGAGGUUGUUUAAUCAUCACUAGGAGGUUGUUU